CAUGGACUGCCUGUUUAUGUGAUUGGAUAUUGUCUGUUGUCUCCGAGCCAUCAACCUCAGCCUCUCUGCCGGGUCCCUGCAGCUGGAGCGCAAAAGGAGAGACUUCACCUCUUCCGGGACCAGGAAGUUCUUCUUCGACACCCAUGCCUUAGUGUGCUUACUAGAGGACAAUGGUAAUCUUUGUUACUGGGUGGUUACUCGGUGCCAUAGAAGAACACCAUACAUUUUAACUUCUCUUACGGUUUUACCUAAUUUCUCAUUAUUUCUCUUUGACUUUCCAGCCUACAGGUAAUCUUUUGUUCAGUCACCAAAAAAAUGUUUAAAGCCUUUUUCUUUUAAGGACAUUCUUAUUCACCAGUACAAUUAAGACUUUUCUCACUUGUGUUCUUGCCCAAGUGACGUGUACUUUAUAACAUCACUAUGGAAGGACAGUAGUGUAGAUAAACUCAGGAAUGGUUCCUACGGUAACUGAGUCUGAAACACAAAGGUAGUAGUUUUAUUUUUAUCCAUCUUGUGCGCGUUUAAUAUUUGUAUGAAGUUGAAAUGUUGCUGAGCAGCAUCUGUUGAUAAUUUCAACUUAGUGUCUUUUUUGUUUCGUUUUCUUUUUAAUCCUCAGGCUAACAUUUUCCCUUACUGCUGUUGAGUCGAUUAAUGUGCAAGAUUGCUCUUCAUUGAAAGUGCAGGUAGUGUUUAGGUACCAUUCUCAUAUUAAUCUUAUCUAAUCAAAUACACCACUUAUAAUUCUCUGUUCUGUGACGCUUGUAUUCUCCAAGUUGGAAUUUUAAGGUUAUGUUAGCUUGGUACUUGAAAUAAAUGACCAAAACCAAACCCGUUGGGGUCAAGUCUUUUCUGACUCCUGACGACCCUGUGUGCUACAGAGUAAAACUGCUCUGUAGCGUUUUCUUGGGUGUAAUCUUUACAGCAGGAGAUCACCAGGCCUUUCUUCUGUGGUGCCUCUGGAUGGGUUCAAACCACCAACCUUUGGGUUAGUUGUCAAGCACAAACUGUGCCACCCAGGCACCUUUUGAAGUAACCACAUCUGUGUUUUUACUUCAUCGCAUACCUAUUUAUCCAGCUGUGCAUAUUCAUAUCUGGAAAGCUACCCUCUAUAGGUGCCCCAAGACAGGAUGAUGGAAUGAAAUGUUCUGUGUUUAUCCGGGGGAGUUAGAAGCUCUGGGCUCAAGCCCUCCUCUGCCAAGUUCUAGCUACAUAGCUGGACCCUUCUCGGCUUCCAUUUCCUCGUCUGUAGGAUGGUCAUAAUAGAAACUCCUAAGAUCCUUUUGAGAUUAAGAAAAAACUCUUUUGAAGAAUUGUCAGAUGCUAUAUAUAUUUUUUACAACUUACCAAACUUGAUACGGUUGGCCUUUUUCGCCAAAACUUCUUUUAAGUAAAAAUUUAAAAAGGAAAAGUAGAAGUGGGAAAGGGAAUAUCUGAAAUUACCUUGAUAAGCAGAACUCUUCCUUCUUUUCUUCAUUUUAAAUCUUGACCAGUGGAAAUUUGUGUAUUUUGAAACAGUGAUUUGAGGACCCCCCUGAAAUGGGUGGGGCGAAGGUACUUCCAGCUACCCAUCCUGGCCUGAUGGAUGAGUGAGGGGAUGUCUGAGAUGACUGGGUUGGGAUAGGCUAAGAAGGACUCUUUCGGGCAUAUUCCAUCCUGUACCCUUUUUUUCUCCAGAGCUGUGUCUCCUGAUUAAAGUAACUUCUGUAUGUCUGUGACCCAGCUAACCCUUCGUCAGCCAGAUCAUUGUUUCAUUGUCUCAUUCUGACAAAAAACAAAUUUGUAUCUGGCAGCUCCUUAGGUAUUCAGGUUUCACUUUUGCUUUUUCUCAUCCCUUUGCUCCUCCAUCCGUAACCACUGGUGGUUAUAAGGCUUUGGAGAAUCUGUUCUAUAAUCAGCAUAAGCUCCCUUUCUGUGUCUAUAUUUCUUUUCCUCUUGCUUGCCAAGUCUAAUGUCUAGCCAUGAACUAUUAAUAAAGUUUAAAAAAUUACAAAAGACGUGUUCAUUUUACAAAAAUUAGGAAGAUAGAAGAGCAACAGGAAAAAUACCUAUAGUCCCCGUAUUCCAGAGGUGAACAGUGUUAACAUUUUGGUGGGUCCCCUUUUGGGUAGUUUUUCUAGAUGCGUGUGACACACAUGUUGAAAAAUAAAAGAUUCUUAAUAAAGUGAUUAGACUGGGUCUUUGGAGGGUUUUUUUUUUCCCCCUCUCCUUUAAAUCUGUAUGUGUGUGUGUUUUAAUUACAGUCCCAUGCUUAAGUUCAUCCAAACAAGUUAUAUUGAUUACAAUCUUAUCCAAACAAAUGUACCAUUAAUUAAUUAUAAGAAUCAAUAGAUUCUUCUUGAAGUUCUUAUAGGUGGAAGUAUUUAAUGGAAAGAAUUGCUUUCCAGGCACUUGGUUUAAGCGUUUUCUUAAUGUUGCCAAUGUGAAGCGUAAGCCAGUAUCUGAAAUUACUAAAAACUGUAAUGCUGAUGAGUUGAAUCUUUAUAUAAUUCAGUUCAACUUUAUUUAUUGAGUAUGAAAGAAUACAUUUUUCCAGUCUGGACUCCUCAAACAAGUGACUAAAGAGAACUAUGGAAAAAAAUGGAAAAAACAGAUUCUGUUUUUUAACAUUAGGGUUUACUACUCAACAAGCAGAAAUCAUUGUCUCCGCGCUGGUCAAGAUCACAGAGGCCAACUUGGAUAUCGUCUACAAAGACAUGGUCAACAAGAUGCAGCAGGAGAUCACCCUUCAGCAAAUAAUGUCUCAGAUUGCUAAUGUGAAAAAGGAUAUGAUUAUUUUGGAGAAGAGUGGAUUUUCAGCCCUCAGAGCAGAAAACGAGAAAAUAAAGCUUGAACUACUUCAGUUAAAACAGCAAGUAAUGGAUGAAAUGAUGAAAGUCCGAACAGAUACCAAACUAAACUUCAAUCUCGAAAAGAGCAGAGUAAAAGAAUUGAGGCGCUAAAUUAGCAGUGAGGAUUCCCGGCAACCCAGUGGUUAAACAUGGGGUUGCUAACCGGAAGAUUGGUUCUGUGGGAGAAAGGCCUGGCGAUCUGCUCCUGUAAAGAUUACAGCGAAGAAAACCCUAUGGGGCAGUUCUACUGUGUCACAUGGGUUGUUAGGAGUCACGGUCAACUCAGCAGCACCUAACAACAACACAUCCUUAGCGUGUUAUCUAGGUGUUCAUAAGAAAUUAAACUCGGUCUAUUUAAUACCGAAUUCAGUGCUCCUGAUUUUACAAAAAUUAAAUUGAUCGCCUCAGACUUUAUUUAUUAAUUUAUAGCAAUUAACUAUAUUAUUACAUAUAAUUAUAAUGUAUUAUUCUGCAGCUAGCAUGUAUUUCACAUGAAGAUGAGUUAUUUGGCCCUUUUGUUCCCUUGGUUCACAGCGUUCUUUAAAGUUGUUUAAAUUAACUGUGGUGAUAUUAUAUUUACAGUCAGUUUCAAGAGCAGUAUGGUUUUGGGGUGCCACAUAGCUAUCUUUUAAAGAUCCUACCAGUGUCAGAAUUUAGGCUUUUCUCUUGUGGAUCAUUGCAAUAUUGAGUGAGUGAAGUCUGGAGUUUAAAGGUGGCCAGGAAAACCAGCUCGGCCCUGCCCUCUGGUGGUGAUCUGACCCAUAGCACUCGCUUCUGAAACCCUAACGUUG